AUGUCAGAUUCAGAUUCAGAUUCAGAUUUAGAUAUUGAAUUAACAUUGUCAUCCCAUGCCCUAGCUGCAUUAGAGGAAUUUAGACAGGAAGAGGUUAAAUACCAAGAAAAAUUCAGCAAACUUUUGACCAGUGCUGAUGAAGAGUUUGCUCAAAAGAAAAAAGAAGAAGGUAUGAACCUAUUUAAAGAAGAUUGGCAAUUAUCACAAUUUUGGUAUAAUGAUGCCACCGCAAAUAUGCUCGCGGAUGCCCUGUUAGAAGGUGCUGAUGAGGAUACCGUUAUUGCUAUUGUUAGUGCACCAUCUGUAUAUGCAGCAAUACUAAAGAAAAAUGCAGAUGAGGUACCAACUAAGCAUAUUCACUUAUUUGAAUUUGAUGAACGUUUUAAAUUGUUAGCUGAGAAGGAUCAUUUUUUCUUUUAUGACUAUAAUAAACCAUUAGAAUUCAAUGAGAAACUAAGGGGUAAAGUAGAUAGAUUAUUAAUAGAUCCACCUUUUCUGAACGAUGAUUGUCAAUCAAAAUCUUCAAUAACUGCAAAUGCAAUGCUAAAACCCAAAACCAACGAGAAAACUAAACAUGGUGUUAUUAAAAGUCGUUUCAUUUCCUGUACUGGCGAAAGAGUCUCUGAUGUAAUAGCUAAAUCUUAUCCUGAUGCUAAAGUUACUACUUUCAUUCCAGAACAUAAAAAUGGAUUAAGCAAUGAGUUUAAAUGUUACUCUAAUUUUGAAUGGAGGGGCUGGAAGUUUGAAUAA